CAGCAGAAGCGCGCGUAUCGACAGCGCCGCAAAGAUCCAAGUUGCGAUGCUUGCAGAGAACGCAAGGUCAAAUGCGAUGCCACUGAUACCUCCAGCUGCUCGGAAUGUUCCAGCCGCGGUGUGAAAUGUCAAUUUACCAAGGAGACGAACCGCAGGAUGUCAUCCAUCAAACAGGUGCAGGAUCUUGAGAAGCAGCUUUCUAUGGCCAAGCAGCAGAUCAAUCAACUACGCACUAUGCUGCAGGAAGGAGGCAAUCAUGAUGCUUCUUCGUCUGCCGCAGCAAAUGUGCCCACGUUACAACUGCCAGAGCCCACGACAAAGAAGCGUCGCCCACUGCCACCCGUGAUCGAAGGCUUCGACGAUGUCAGAACCAACAUUCGCACAUACAGCAAAGGCAUCUUCAAGCCGCCGCCUCCGUACAGGCAUUUCGGACCUCAGCCAACCUUUCCAAAUGCCAGCCUAGCACUGCCUCCCAAACACAUUGCGGAUCACCUCAUUGCGAAUUACCGUGGCUCUGUACACCUCUACGCACCACAUCUGCACAUGCCUACGUUUUUGCAAGAGUACGAGGACCUAUAUAGGGCUGGCAACUUCCAGCAAUGUCGCCAUGUAUGGGUCUCGCUUUUCUAUGCCGUUUUAGCAUGCGGGACUCUUAUGGAUGCACAAUCUAAGCCGUCAACGGAAGAAUCGGUGGGCGCGCAGUACAUGGACGAAUGCACGAGAAGCUUGAACACAUGGAGCGACGAAUUAACGGCUGAUCACGUCCGUGCCAGUCUUCUCAUCAGCAUCUACUUCGUGGAAGUCAACAUGCGAUCUCCAGCUUGGGUUUGGCUUGGCGCUGCCGUUCGUAUAGCGCAGGAUAUCGGUCUGCACACCGAUCAAGGGCCCUACUCGCCCAUGGAGACCGAGAUGAGGCGACGAGUGUGGUGGAGUGUCUACAACUGGGAUCGCGUUGUUUCUCUCGACUUCGGCCGGCCGCUGAUGAUUGACGAUAACGACUGCGAUGUAAGCGAACCCGUCCCCGUCGACGAUGAUUGUAUACGUCCAAACGGCAUUGUCAUGCCUCCUCCAGGAUCGACAAUACCCAGUGGUCUGAUCGCCGUGAUACCCGUCACAAGGACUACUGCGCAACUCAAGACAACACUGAAGUCGCAGACGAUCGCUGCGUCCACUCUCGCUACCUGCGACGAGCACUUCAAAUCAAUCAUGGCCUCAUGGCCUGAGCCUUAUCCAAUUUACUCCCAAGCUCCGCUGGAUCCUCGACUGGUUACAGCUGCUUGUAGUCUGCAGACGCAGCGCUUUUUCCUGUAUCGCCACAACCUCUCUCCUGCUUGCAAAACGAAUGAUCGACGGGAUGCACUGGAUCGAUGUGUCUACGUGGCCAAGGACACGGCGCACUACGUGCAGCGUACAUUGCAGCACCCAUCCACCGGGCCGGCUCAGGGAUUCAUGGGUCAAGCACAUAUGGGCAACUGGGCGUCAAUGAUUCGAUCCAUGAUGCCUUCUUUCUUCUGCGCGCACUUGUGGAGGGCACAGCUUGUCCUGUGCCUGCGAGGUGAGUAUCAAGCGGCUCAAAUGCUUGUUCACGUGUCCGCAGCCGUUGGCGACCUUCGCAAGAUCAACGUUGCGUGUGGCCGAUAUCUCGCGUUCUUCCUGGAGAAAUUGAUCGAGAGAUUGCGAGCUGGCGUAAGCCAACAAGCGAUUGAAACGGACGAAGAAUUGCUGGCGUACGCGUCUGGCGAUAUGCAAGGAAGUGCUGAUGACGCGUGGGCUUGGAGUGGGAGCGAGACUGGCGCAAACCUUCAGCAGCCACAAGGGGUUGUCAACGGGCAUUCUGGAGAUAAACCGGCCCUUCAAGCCGAGCAGCUAUCGACAAGUACUCUGUCCGAGCGGGAGGCGAAAGAAUGGGGAGGCUGGGAACAUAUACAGCGGACUCUUCAGCAGCUCAUCGACCACAAGCAACCACAGGGUUCACAAGGGGACCCAGCAUCACAACAUAGCUCGGUGCCUCCCACGCCCUCGCAGCAACCAGAUGGCCAGUUGCAAACCUUUCCUAUGCCACCGCAGCAGCAGAACUUGGCUCCGCAGCCUCCGCCGGCU